AUGUAUGGAGAUCUGGCACACAAAUUGGCACUGGAGGCCAAACGGACGCAGUCGCUGGAUAAGUUGCCGCUCUACCAGGAUACGCUGGUGAGAAGCAUAGUGCGGGAGAUACGGGACCUGCAGAAAGAGGCCGACGUGCUGACAGAACACGCGAGCCAGGACGACGAUCGCGUCAACCAAGCACAGCUGUUUGUCUGCCACCUGUGCAUGCGGCGCAACAAACGGUGUCUUCUAGCUUACCAGCGGUUGCGGGCAGAGCGUCUGGACGAAUUGGUGUGGGCCAAUAACGAGAUUUCCAAGGAGCAGAUGGACAAUUUGUCGCCGCAGGAGCAGGAGUACCUAAAAAAAUAUAACGACCUAGUGAGCGAGUUUAAAGGCCCGUUGGAAAAAAUCGACCUGGGAGGGACGCUGGAGCCGCCGGAAGACGUGUUUAUCGACGUGAGAGUGCUAAAAGACGCUGGCGAGAUCCAGACUGAGUACGGAGUUUUUAAUCUGACCAAGGACUCGCAAUUUUUCGUUCGCCAGGCAGACGUCGAGAGACUCAUCCAGCAGGGGUAUCUCAAAAAGCUCUAG